AUGGCAUCCACCGAUAUUGCUACCAGGGAGUUGAAGAACCCCAUCGACCUUGCAGAGUACUUGUUUCGCCGCCUCCAUGAAGUAGGCAUCCGCGCAGUACACGGUGUACCCGGUGACUACAAUUUGGUAGCAUUGGAUUAUUUACCCAAGUGUGACCUCACCUGGGUCGGAAACUGCAAUGAGCUCAACGCCGGGUAUGCCGCCGAUGCUUAUGCCCGCGUCAAGGGUAUCAGUGCUCUGAUCACUACCUUCGGUGUUGGAGAGUUGUCAGCACUCAACGCGAUUGCAGGCGCCUAUUCCGAAUUUGUUCCUAUCGUCCACAUCGUUGGCCAGCCCACCACCAAGUCGCAGAAGGAUGGAAUGUUGCUACACCACACUCUCGGAAAUGGCGACUUCAAUGUGUUCACCAAGAUGAGUGAAGGGAUCUCGUGUGCUGUUGCCCGUCUGAACAGCCCCCAUGACGCGGCAACCCUUGUCGAUAAUGCAAUUCGGGAGUGCUGGAUUCGGAGUCGCCCAGUCUAUGUCACUUUGCCCACCGAUAUGAUUCAUGCCAAGGUCGACGGCGAUCGUUUAAAGACCCCCAUUGAUCUUACUCUACCCAAGAACGACCCCGAGAAAGAAGAUUAUGUGGUUGAUGUUGUCUUAAAAUAUCUCCAUGCAGCCAAGAACCCCAUCAUCCUGGUUGACGCCUGUGCCAUUCGUCAUCGUGCAUUGGAAGAGGUUCGCGAAUUGGUGGAGAAGACCGGCUUGCCAACCUUUGUGACCCCCAUGGGCAAGGGAGCCGUCAAUGAAAGCCACAAGAACUUCGGGGGUGUUUACGCUGGAACUGGAUCUAACCCGGGAGUCAGCGAGGCCGUCGAAGCCUCCGACCUUAUUCUCAGUAUCGGCGCGAUUAAGUCCGACUUCAACACCGCCGGAUUCACCUAUCGCAUUGGGCAGUUGAACACCAUUGAUUUCCAUAGUACCUAUGUUCGAGUCCGGUACUCAGAGUACCCCGACAUCAACAUGAAGGGCGUUCUGAAGAAGGUUGUUCAACAGAUGAAGGCUCUGAGUCCAGCCCCCGUACCUCCUAUCAACAAUCACUUGCCCGAGGAAGAACAAGCUUCCACUGACCAGACUAUCACUCACAAGUGGCUCUGGCCAAUUGUUGGGCAGUGGUUGAAGGAAAAGGACAUUGUUCUCACUGAAACUGGAACAGCCAACUUCGGUAUUUGGGACACCCGCUUCCCUGCCAAUGUGACUGCCAUCAGCCAGGUUCUUUGGGGCAGUAUUGGGUACUCUAUGGGUGCCUGCCAGGGAGCUGCCCUUGCUGCAAAGGAGCAGAAUGACCGCCGUACAAUUCUUUUCAUCGGUGACGGGAGCAUCCAGUUGACUGUGCAAGAGUUGAGUACAAUUCUGAAGAACAAGCUGAACCCCAUUGUGUUUGUGAUUUGCAACGAGGGUUACACCAUCGAGCGAUACAUCCACGGUUGGGAUGCAGGAUACAAUGACAUUCAGCCCUGGGACUUUGCGAACAUCCCCAAGGUCUUCGGAGCCAAGGAUAACUACGAGGGCUACCGCAUCAAGACCCGUGAUGAGCUCAACAAGCUGUUUGCCGACGAGUCCUUCAAUGUUUCUGACAAACUUCGACUGGUGGAGCUGUACAUGCCUCGUGACGAUGCCCCUGCGGGUCUGAAAUUGACCGCCGAGGCAGCUGCCAAGCGAAAUGAAUGA